CGAGUGACGGGUAUCCGCUGUUCUCAAUGCGGCCAGAAAUGAAGCGUUCAAUGUCGAUCUUAUCGAAACCCUAAUCCUUGACCAAAAGCUCUCGAUUGCGUCCUGAUUUUGUUCGAAUUCUCUUUGAAUUCUCUUGCGAGUUUGAUCCAGGUUGCAUCUCUCUUGGCCAUGCGACCCCUGAUCUCUGCGAUCGACCUCUGGAGAGAGGAAACCCUAGGUUGUUAUCGAGACCUCAGAAUUUCUCUGUGUUUUCAGUUGAUUUCUCGUAAUGGCGGCGGAGAAUCAUGCUCCAAGCCCUAGAGGGCUUCUUUGCAACGCGGGAGCUGGCGCUGCUGCAGGUAUGCUCGCGGCUACUUUCGUGUGUCCCUUAGAUGUGAUUAAGACUAGAUUUCAAGUUCAUGGGCUGCCUAAGCUCGGUAAUAGUAGCGUUAAAGGCAGUCUUAUAAUUGGGAGUUUGGAACAAAUAGUUCAAAAGGAAGGUGUGCGUGGCAUGUAUCGUGGCCUUUCACCGACUGUGCUAGCAUUACUUCCAAAUUGGGCUGUGUACUUCACUGUCUAUGAGCAACUCAAAGAUCUGCUAUAUUCUAAUGAUGGGGAUCAUCAACUCUCUGUAGGUGCUAAUAUGAUAGCUGCAUCUGGUGCUGGAGCUGCGACAACGAUCGCGACUAAUCCACUCUGGGUGGUAAAGACAAGAUUUCAAACACAAGGAAUGAGGGCUGGCGUGGUGCCAUAUCAUGGCACGAUUACUGCUUUAAGGAGAAUAGCUCAUGAGGAAGGCAUUAGAGGAUUAUAUAGCGGUCUUGUGCCUGCACUGGCAGGGAUCAGCCAUGUCGCAAUCCAAUUCCCAGUAUACGAGAAAAUUAAAAUGUAUCUUGCUAAGCGAGAUAAUACUACCAUUGAUGCGCUCAGUGCUCCUGAUGUUGCCCUUGCAUCAGCCAUCUCCAAAAUAGCCGCAUCAACUUUGACAUAUCCACAUGAGGUUGUGCGCUCAAGGCUUCAAGAACAAGGUUUUCACUCGGUGAGGAGGUAUGCAGGCGUAAGAGACUGCAUACCAGCUGCAGCCAUCACUUUCACUAGCUUUGAGAUGAUCCAUAGAUUUCUUGUUGAUGUAUUCCCUCCGGAGCAGCACCCUCAUACACUUUGAUGAUCAUUCAUAUACAUGAUUUUUAUAUGUGUAGACUAAGUGAUAUUAUUUAGAAAAGUCCAUUUCAAUACCGCUUGCUGGCUAAACUUGUGCCAGCUCAAGUGUUGCGAUUGUUUGGCAUGCACAGAUACUCGAAAGAGGAUCAGGCAAGAAUGGCUUGAUGUUACUUUGAGGUGCGACAACUAACAUGAUAAAAAUUUGAUGACGACGACAAUAGAGAAAAUCUUGUUUGACCUGCAAA